CGUUAAAAUUAUUGCUGGGCUGGUCCACGUCAGGCGAUGAUGAAGUUUGUAAUGCGAAUAUGAUUAACACAGAUGUUCAUAUGAAGAAUCCACACAAGUUGAAACUUGUUGAAAAUGCCUGAUGACGAAAGUACACGUUCGGACCAUUAAAAAAUAAAUAUGAUCUAAACAGGACAUAUUGAGUAGCCACAAACGGAGAUAGGACAUUCGUUGUUAAAAUAACUUAAGUGAGGACUGUUACUUAGAAAUUGGUCACGCUUCAGUGUCGACGCACAUGAAAACGUUUCUUUAUGUUACAUUACUAAUAUGUUAUAUGUGAAUAAUGUUGUGUUUGAACCUGUAAACCUUUUUACUGCGAUUGUGUGGACAGAUUUCAAGGCGAUUCCGUUAUUGUGUUCGGGAAAACUCGCAGGGCAAAGAUGCUGUCCGAAAAACCUCGAAGUUCGUUGUCCGAUACGCGAAAGGACUGAAUGUCUUCAGGUGACAAAGUCAACGAUGGAAAAGAAGAGGCGCGCCCGCAUAAACAACAGUCUCAUAGAGCUAAAGGCUAUAUUGGCUGGCAUGGUGACGCACAAGGGUGAAAGAUUCGAAAAGAUGGAAAAGGCAGACAUUUUAGAAAUGACGGUCGAUUGUGUGCGUCAACUUCAGAAACAGUCGCGUACCGGUGAGCGAAUGUGCACGCCGUCAACAAGCGACAGUGACUACAAGAGCGGCAUCGAGACGUGUGUAGGGGAGGUUAUGCGUGUGCUCUCUUCCACUGAGGUUGACGGCGCGGGCCAAGAGAUGAAGAGCAAGCUUCUCACUCACAUCUCCAACAGGCUCGGCACGUCUCCUAAUCAUUCGGCGAACUUUCGUUCUUCUGGCACUGCGGCGAUUUCCCCGCGCGUAAAUGAAUGCUCAGAGCGUCAACAGUUUACGACGAGUCCAAGCGCGCACGCCCAAACGGACAAUACCGCCAAUACAGACGGUGUAGAGGCAGAAAACAUACACGAAGAAGACAAUGCCGCUCCCGAGCUAUUUUCCGUGUGGCGCCCUCCGCCUCUGUUGCCCGGUACAGUCCCGCGUCAGAUCUCUCCGAUACAGGAAGCGGGCAAUAGCGACUUAGUGGCUGCACAGUCGGCCGCACCGAAUGUUCCGGUAACUAUAUUAGUCCCGGCGAAUAUUUAUACAACACAGAAUGGCGGAACGUUUUUCAUUCCCGUGGCCUUUAGCGGCGCCAUUCCGUACCUUUCUCCACAAGCGUCGGCGCUAGACUCUUAUUGUACCACAAUUUCAUCCGGUAUAAACACUGUUGUUUCAAUGCCUCAAGUGUUUGGAAUUUCACCUUCGUAUACUAGUAAUAGUAAUACAUGUAGUGCAAGUAUCACAACAAAUAUAUCACCAGUGAUUGUGUAUCGAGAUAAUACUAAUGCGGAGGACACGACCGAACACUUUGCUCAGCCAAAUAGUUCUCAGACUCAGAUGCCGCAAAAACGAACUGACGAUUCAAAAACAAUUUCAGUACCAACUGUUAUCAGGAGAACCUCAACGGGACCAGCACAACUCACGUGUUCACCAGUGUAUACGCCUGUGGCAAAACGAUUGGAACCCCCGCAAGGAUGUGCUAUUUUGCCCAAACCGCCUGCUCUAAACACUUCAUAUUGUUCUCAGUCUUACAACCAGAGCUAUGCGCGGUCUGCUUUCCUUCAUAUGAACCAUGACCGAGGUGAUGCGCCGGAUGUUUCGCGUGCUCGUUUAAGCGAGAGAUAUGCCGACCCCGAGCAGCCUCGGCCCGAAGAUCAUUCCGUUUGGAGACCGUGGUAGGACAUAUCGGUCAGGUAAGGCCUGUGCGAAAAUGACGAGAACAUAACGGUCAGCUCCUGCCUGGACGGAAACGACCAAAAUACAAUGAACGUUGUAUUGUUGAAGCGUUGUGUGAUGAUUGAACUGAUCAUAGUGGACCGUACUAAAUCUUACGACCGGACUGAAGGUUGGUCCGGCCCUGACAUUGGUGACCAUUGUAAGAAUACUAUUCUCGUUCACAUCUCUCUUGAAGGAACGACAAGGCAAACGUGAAAUGUGCAAGAUCUCCACAAGUUUGUGAUAUUUAUAUCGUUAUGUAAAGUUGCAAUAUUGUUGUUACACAGACCUAUGUAUGUUAAUAAAAGUUAAGAUAUUA